ACAUCAUCUUAAUGGAAGGUGCUGGAAUCCUUUCAUGUACUGGAGCAGACUCCCACAAGUGUACGCUGGUUAAUGACCUUUUUUACGGCUGUUUGGAAUGUUUAUGACGACUCUGAAUGGGAUUCACAGCUUAGGACAGAAGAAUGAGGAGAAGAAGAGGGGGAGAGAGAUUGUCUAGUCUCCAGACAGAAGUUGAAGAAGUGGAGGAUUCUGUUUUGGAUUUCUUGGAUUUUGCAUCAUCUGGGAUUUUCUCAUCUGAUUCUUUGUCUGGGCAAACUUGUCUGUUUAGGAGCUGUGCUAUUGGUCCUGUUGAUCUUAACUUAAUGUGCUGCUUCAGGUCACCAUGGGCAGAACUCCUCAAAAAGACCACAGAAAAAGUAAUAAGGAAAAAUCAGGGAGGAAUAAUGAUGAUCCACACCCAUACAGAGCCCUCAAAGAGUCUUUCAGCUGGGAGACAUAUUUGAAAGAGACUUCCUCUUUUCCUGCAUCCCCCAGCUGUUUCCGACAGUCUAGAAUCCCUCCCAGUAAUGAUUUUAAAGUGGGAAUGAAAGUGGAGGCAUGUGACCCCAGGAAUUCCACCUCAGUGUGUAUUGCCACGGUGAUGGGGUUAAUGGGUGCCCGUCUGCGGCUCAGACUAGAUGGCAGUGACAACACCAAUGACUUUUGGCGAUUGGUCGACUCCACUGACAUUCAGCCAAUUGGCACAUGUGAGAAAAGUGGCGGCAUGCUGCAGCCGCCACUAGGAUUCAGAAUGAAUGCCUCCUCAUGGCCUAUGUUCCUGUUAAAAACAUUAAGUGGAGCAGAGAUGGCUCCAGCGUCGGGCUUCAAAAAGGAGCCUGCCAGACCCUCCCAAAACUACUUUAAACGUGGUAUGAAACUGGAGGCUGUGGAUCGAAAAAAUCCUUACCUCAUUUGCCCCGCCACCAUCGGAGAGGUGAGAGGGGAGGAGAUAUUCAUCAUGUUUGAUGGUUGGAGAGGAGCAUUCGAUUACUGGUGCCAGUAUGACUCCAGAGACCUCUUCCCCGUGGGCUGGUGUCAACUGACCAAACACAGUCUGCAGCCUCCAGGCAACUGCUUUACUUUCCCCAAGACUCGUAUUCCAACAUUGUGCCAGUCCAGUAAGUCCCGGCGCUCCAUGCAGUCCCCGUACCGCCUGCCGCACCCCCUGCCCCCUCUGCCCGUCCGCAAGGGGGUACGAGGUAGGAGACCAAAGAGCGAGACCAUCGCCAUGCUGAAAGCUGCGGCCGAGGCUGCAGCUGGUGGAUCCUCCCCCUCGCAGAACGGCCAAAUGCAGCCUACCGCAGCCAAGACCCCCAUAAAUUUAGAACUGAUGCCCAAACCCUAUAAAAAGAGAGGACCCAAACCUGGCAGCAAGAGGAAACCAAAGCUUUCUCAUUUACUUUCAAACACCAGUUUGUCCUCCUCUGUGUCAGACGGGAGGCUGUCUAGCCUGCAGACAACGCGAGACUCAGGAGUCGUGUCCACCGUUUGCGUGUACGUGAACAAACAUGGAGAAUCUGGGCCUCACCUUGACCGCAAGCUGUUAUUGCAGCUGCCGGAUCAUUUCGGGCCGGGCCCUGUGAACACGGUUCUGCAGCACGCGGUCCAAGCCUGCGUUGACUGUGCGUUUCAGCCCAAAGCCCUGUUUAGCUUCCUGCAGUCGCAGUCUGAUGGAGGAGAGAUCAUCAGAGUUCGUUCAGAAGGAGGGAUUCACUAUGUCAAGCUCCCCACGGCCUCCAGCGCAUCUUUUGUUUUGCGCUUUCUAGAAACGUUGUGUCACCAUCUGCAGUGUGAUAACCUGUUCAGCAGCCAGCCGUUCAGUCCACUCACAGCCAACACGCACACAUCCUACGACAGGAGUAAGUCGGUAAAAGAGGAGACAUCAGAAGCAAUGUCUGUUGCACGGGGUACGAGACGAUUCAACAGAGAUUCAGCUUCGUACACAGCUGCUAUGUCACCCAAACUACACAGAACAGAAGCUUUGCCCUCAGACGAGACGGUCACACACGAAGAAAACGGUGCAACCACAGACCAGCAGUUCUCCGAAGAGUCCAUGGACUCGGCCUCUAAUUCUGUGGCCCCUCGUGCCCCUGCGCUCCGGAGCCCAUCUGAAUAUCACAGCCCGGCCGGCGGCAGCCCACACUACUCAUCUCAGCCUCCACCACUGCGCAGGCUCUCCUCCAAUCCAUCUGAGCUCGGCCCCGCACGCACACACAGACGCGUGGAAGGUAGGCUAUCUGCUAGCUCAACUACCGGUCCAGAUCAUCAAGCAGCAGAGAGAGAUUCCUCCAGAUCGUCCAAUAAGAGUCCAUCAUCCUGGAGUAUAGAGGAAGUGAUGCAAUUUGUGCGUGAUGCUGAUCCGCAGGCACUGGGCCCGCAUGCAGAACUCUUCAGGAAACAUGAGAUUGACGGCAAAGCCUUGAUGCUUUUACGGAGUGACAUGAUUAUGAAGUACAUGGGGCUUAAACUUGGCCCGGCCCUCAAACUCUGCCAUCAUAUUGAAAGACUUAAAUUAGCUAAAUAAUAACACAAACUUACUGGCCAAUACUCGCCAGCAACAAAGCAGGUUCACUCAGUUUUGGAGUUGAUACCAGAAGCUGCAUUCAAGUUCCUCGGAUAUUUAUCAGCGGUUCAUUGCUGUCGGUCGAUACAGUGAAUAAAAACAGGGAAGUUCAUUUAUUUUAUUUUUUGUGGUAAGAAAUAAAUCUGUUAACACAA